GCGCCUAGUCCUCCGCGCGCUCGCCUGCUGCGCUCCGCCCAGGGCUGCGGCCACCCGCGCUCGGGUCACCGCCUCGGGACUCCGCGGACCGCGCGGCCGCGAGGGGAGAUGUCGGGCGGCCGCAGGAGGGGCAGCGCCCCCUGGCACAGCUUCUCCCGGUUCUUCGCUCCGCGCAGCCCUUCCCGGGACAAGGAAGAGGAAGAGGAUGAGAAGCCGGGGACCGGCCAAUCGGGCCGGGGCGCCGCCAGUGUUGAAAAUGAGCCCAGGAGCACAAGUCAGAAAAAGGAAAAUGCAGUUUCUUCAGAAGCAGUAAAGAUUGCCCACAAUGAGGACAGAAGGAACCAUGCUGAGAAACAAGUCAGUCUGCCAGAACUGGAAGAUCCCCCCAAACCAAAUGACCUCUCUAGUUCCAUAUCAGAUACUAAAACAGGAGAAAGUGACCGACAGCCAAAAGAAAGCUUUUUCCAGUUUCUUGGGAAUUUAUUCAGUAUCUCAGGAAAAUCAUCUUUUGGGGAAGCAAAACAAUCUUCUUUCAAAGAUGACCGGGAUAAAACUGAAAAAGACCCACAGACUCCCAGUGAUGAUCAUGGGGAGGAGCAGAUUGAAAGGGAGAGGGAGACUGCCAGGGGCUCUGUGGGAACCCAGGCACUUCCAGUGGAAGAACAAGAGUCCAACUCCUCUCAACUCUCAGAUGUCUGUCCUUUGGAUACAACACAAGACAGUGAACAGGAAACCACUGAUUUGCUUAAAAAAGACACUGAUUUUAAACCAGAGAGGCCUUCAGUAACAUAUGCAACGUAUCGAGGCCCUAGACAAAUUAGGAAAUAUUUGAAGCAACAGACUCUGCUGGAAACUGUGUGUCCCUUAGACAGAGAAAAUGAAAGUUCUGACUCAAGUACAAACACACACAUUGGCACUGGAAGUGUAACUGAGACUGUGAUCGCCCGGUUGGCAUCAGCUAACACAGACAUAUCCACAAAAGGACAUUUGCUUGGAGGCCCAGUAGAAGUCUCUGAUUGUAGCAGAAUAAAUCUCAACACAGAAAGCCAUCUGAAAACCUUUCCAGAAUUGCAGCCUAUUUCUUUGUCUAAGGAUAUUUUAAAUAAAAAUAGCCAUGAAGGCUCUGGGAGAAGUUGGUCAUCCCCUUCUUCUGUGACUAACUCCAACUACAUUGUUGGGGAAUCUGAUUCACAGUACCAUUUAAGUUGUGAAUCAGUGUCUCAGACUGAUAAAAGUUUGGAAUGUUCAUCAUUGUUUGUAGGAAGUAAAAAGAACCAAAUCUCUUCAAGUCCAGAAUUUCAGAGGAAAACUACAGCAGAAAUUACAUUGAAAGAAGACAGUCCAGUGAUGAGUGAUGGGACGCUGGUGCCAAGAGAGGAACAUGUUGAGCCGCAGAGACCUGCUGUUUCUGAUUUCUCUUGUAAUAAAUCUACUGGGAGUGACACUACCAAAGUGGAAAGUACAAAUUUGUCAAGUUCAAAUAAAUCAAUUAGUCAUGGAGAUGUGCAGUUGCCAGAGAGUAAGUGUUGUGACAAGCCAACCGCAGAUAACCCAUCAAAGCAGACUGCCAAUCAUCCCAGCACUGCUGUGCUCCAGGGACAUGUUGUGACAGACACAGAACUUGUAAAUGAAAGAAAGAAGCUACCUGCCCAAAACUCACAGAAAAAUGUGGUUUCAGAAAUGCAAGAAACAGAAAGUUCCUCACGAGGUAAACCCAUAACUUCAAGUCAUGUAAAAGCUCCAGAAGAUAGAAUUGAGAUUUUGCCCAAAGGUACUGAUCAACUGUGUGAAACAGAAAAUAAAAAGCUUGAUUUGGAACCAUGUGGCAAAACUUGUAGUAUGAGACUAAGUCAAGAGGACCCUGCCUCUAUGAAACACGUCAGUGACUCAGAAGUUGUAACAUGCUUACAAAAUGAAAUAGCACCUGAACUGAAUUUUGAACUUAACAGAAAUCACAUUUCUGAAACUCCUCUUCACUCAGAGAAUCCUCAGCAAGCCAAAGUAUUACCCGAUGCUAAGAUCUCUCUUAACCUUGACACUAAAAAUUCCAAUUUCAGUGCUGUACCUCCUAUCUUUGUUUCUGGAAUCGACAUGCUCAGCAAGUUAGGUCUCCCUGUUUUAAAGAGUGAGGGAUCUUCUCUCCCCAGUGAAACUGGACAGGACAACACUUACCCUCAUCCUAAGGAGUGUCAAGAAGAAAAUGUUGCAAAUCAUGUUGAGGCUGCAGAGAGGAAGACUCCCCCUCCUGCCCUCCACCUUGGACAUGUAUCUGUGAUUCUUGAACCUAAGGAAAUUCUUCCUGAUAGUGAAGAAUGCCUGUUCCCCUUAGGUUCUGAAACCAAUGGUACUCACUUAGCUGGGGUAGACCUGUUGAACUUUGAACCUGGAGGCAGCUCUGAUGAUCACGAUUUCAUUUCACCUCAGAGUCCUAAGAAAGCUGAGUUAAUGCCUUCAAACACUGAAACAAGUAAGAGCACAGUAAAGAGGUCAGAUUCUCUUUACUUGGAAGCCCAAACUGACAACGUUGCUAAAAUUUUAUUAAAAGUGGAGGUUGGCGAUCAGAGCAUCUUUCCUGCUAAGUCACAUUCUGCAAGAGGAAAAACCUUGCCUCAGGUAUCUGUUUCCCCAACAGAGCCCAGAGACGUUUCUCAGGAGAAAAUUUCUUUUUCCCAAAUUAUAGUUGCAGAUGACCCAUCUAAGACUGUUUUAUCAGAAUUAACUUCUCUGGAGAUUGAGAAGGACAAAAACAUUCAAUCAGUAGAUCAUGAGAUUAAAGAAAAGUGCUCAGAUGUAGCUAACCGAGUGCACCCUAGUAGCUCUUAUGUGGAGUUAGAGACCUCUAGCCCAGUAGAGGCAGUGGUGACCCCACUUCUGAGGUGUUUGGAGUCUCAUACUAGGAAGGGAUCUCUUGAUAUCUCAACCACUUCACGAAACAUGGACAAUCCCAUGGAAACGGAGACUGGAACAGUUGCUGGGGGACCAGUGUCAGUUAACCGCUCGUGCCAGCAGUGUUCUGAAGAGUCUGCUGACCAGAUAGAAGCAAGGAAAAGAGCACGUGACCAACUUUUACUCAAAAGUGGCUUACUCUCAAAAGCUGAUACAUUGACUGAAGAGAUUUUAAAUUCUGUCAGAGAAGAACUAAAAUCUAAACAUGUGGUUGGUACCUGCCAGGAGCAUCUAGGCAAAGAUGAUAUAAUGAAUCCAGGUACCCUGAAAGAAGACAGUCCAUCAGAAGUGACAUUAGCAGGGAUCCAACUGAAAGGGAUUUUGGAAGAGCAGGGCAUGGAAAAUAUGUCAGAAGUCAAAGAAGAGGAGAAGGCCUGUCUUUCACCUGCAGUUGGUGAGACAACUCUCCUUUUUGAUUUUGAUAGAGUGAAUGUAUCUUGUUUGUUAGAAGAUCAAGCUAGGGAAUUAGUCAAUGAGGUUAUUUAUACAGCUCAAGAAAAUUUGACAAAUGAUGCUUUUGAGGAUACUGAGGGUAUCUGGGGUUGUGAACCUCAGGCUAACACUUCAAAAAUUCUGAACAGUGAUAGUGUUAAGUCACAUGGUUUAGUUAGAGAGUUCUUGGUAUCAGAACAGGCAGUAAAUCAAAGCACAUGUGCAAUUAGUGAAAAUAAAUUAUUAAGUAAAUUUGCCCCCAUAAGUAACUUACUUAGUGGCUCUGAGCCAAUUAAGGGAAGAGAGAUUGUUCCCUAUCAACAAUCUCCACUUUCUGAAAGUGGAGCUGCACAGUCUGAUAGCAUACAUUUGCAGAAAUCAGAUACUGAAGACAUGUUCCAUAAAGGGUUAGAUGAUAGAGUAAAACCACAUUUAUUUGUCAAUGAGUACUAUAAAAAGACAGCAGAAAUAGAGUGUGUGGGUAAUCGCAAAAUGGCCGCAGAAGAUACAGGAACUCUUGUAUUCAAUUUCAACUUGCCUCAGUUUGUGAAUGAUGACAUCCAUAUUCCUGGCACAUCCAAAAGCAGCUUGUCUGACAGCCUUGUAUGCAUAUCUGAAAAGAGUUUGCCAGGACAUAGUAAAAGCACACCCCUUGCAAUGGCAGAAUUAGGGAAAGUUCACAAAAAGGAAAAUGAAGUAAAUGUAGGGAAAAUCGAGCUUAUUCCUCCUAUUCUAGAAAAGGGAAAAACAAGCAAAAGGAAUGCUGAACUGAAUAUUAGGAAAUAUGAAGCAGCCCCUUCUAUAUCAGAUAAAGGAAGAACAUGUAAAAAGGAUGCUGAGUUGAAUAGUAUCAAAGCUGAGCCAGAAGCUGAGAUUUUUGCAAGGGGAGGGACAUGCCAAAUGGAUGCUCAGAGGCAUAUUGAAAAACCUGAGUCACCUAUCACUUCUGGAAUGGAAAAAGCCUAUAAGAUGGAUAGUGAUGGGGACAUUGGAAAACCCGAGGUGACACCUGUUAAGUCAGAAAUAAAAAAUAUCCACCAAAAAGAUGCUGAGGGUGAUAUUGUAAAGACAGAGGUGACACCUGUUUCAAUAGAGAUGGAAAAUAUUUACCAAAAACAUGCUGAAGGGGAUGUUGGAAAGACAGGGGUCACAUCUGUUAUGCCAGAAGUGGAAAAUACCCACCAAAAAGAUGGUGAGGGGAUUACUUCAAAAGCUGAAGCGAUACCUGUUGCACUAGGAAUGGAAGCUACUUACCAAAGGGAUGAAGAAGGUGAUGUUGCAAAGGCCGAUGUGAUACCCAUUGCAUUAGAAAUGGAAGAUAUUUACCCAACAGGCUCCAAAGGAGAUGCUCACAAAACUAAAGGGAUGCCUGUUAUUUUAAAAGCAGUAAAUAUUUACAAAAAAGACAAUGAAGGGGCUAUCAGAAAGACUGAGAGACCUAUGUUGGAACUGGAAGCUCCUUACCAAAAGGAGGCUAAAGAGGUCAUCAGACAUACUGAAAUGGUACCAUUUGUAUUAGAAGUGAAAGAAACACAAAACAAGGAAACACCUCCCUUAGAAAUUUUGGGGAAAAGGGUCCAAAGAGAUAGAAAAGAGACAAAUGGAGCAGUUGAGUCCAUGCCUUCUGAAAUGGGAAUGGAAAUGGCAGCCCCAGAACAUUCUGGUGACAAUAUUGAAGUGCAUGAAGCAUUAGCUGUGGAGGUAGACAUCGAGGAAACAACUGGAACAAGGCCUGAAGUGACCAUUGCCCAAGCGGAGGCCAUGCCUCCUGUCUUUGAAACUGAAAAAGCUUUUCAAGAGUACAUGGAGAGGAAUGUUGAAGAACAAGAGCCCACUGAACUAAAGGAAGCCUUGAUAUUGCGUGAUGACAGACUUGCUUCGCAUUUUAGGGGAUAUGAAUCCCCUACAUUAAGUAAGGAUUAUGAGGGCUACCCAGCCUUAGCAAUGCCAGAUUUUCAACCAGAGGACACAGUUGUAAGGCUCAACAAAAUUAUGUCUGUCACUGAAGUAUAUGACAAAAGGAGAAAUGUAGAUUACAGUGAUGAAAAGGACGAAUCUAGUUUAGCCUUUGUUUCUCAGGAUGAACAAGGCAAUUCUUCCUUUACUAUAUUAUAUGAGGAGCCCCUUCAAAAGGAGGACAAGUAUGGUUCUGCAGAAUUUCAGGGAACACGAUCUGUGUAUGCUGACAUGUCUCCUAACAGCAUGCCUGCCCUAGCAUAUGAAAGGUCUGAGAGCAGAACUGAUCUGGUCCAUCAUUUUGAAAAAGAAACUAAAUUAGGUGAAACAUUUGAUGGAGACAAUUCAGAAAUGUUCUUAUCAGUGGAAGCCAAAAGGUACAAAAUUUAUACUUUGGCUCUGAGUCCCAUUUAUGAGGACGACAGCUCACAAGAGGACAUUCUAUCCAGCGAAGUCUCUCCUGGUCAUCAUGGCUCCACGAAAUCAAGGGAGAGUGCAAACCAGCCCUCUUCUGUUUUAUCACUCCUGCAGUCAGUGUCAGAGCGCUUACAGAGAAAUUUUGAUGAAGAUGAUAGAUACAUGGCUGAGGAAGAGGAGGAGGAAGAAGAAGCAGCUUCAAGUAAAAGCUUGAGAGCUGAAUGGAGGGAGCACGUUACCUUCCACUUGCCAGACCCUUCCAUUACAUUCUACCCUGACGAUGAUGAGGAAAGCACUGGAAUUUUCAAGAAGUCAUGUGUAGCAUCCAAUGAACCUACCACCUCCAAUCUGCAAAGUGCUCUAUGGCCAGAAAAGGCUUCAUUUCUACAAAAAUAUGAUCUUACUUCUAAAUUGCAUUCUUCUUUAAAGAGUGCUUAUCAUCAGUAUUUACAGACUUCAAAGACUCAUUCUUCAGAAAAAGGAACCAGAUUUGGUGGCGUUUUUCAGGAACCAGUGUCAAAAUACUUCAGUGUUCAAGACCACGCAGACAGAUUGAGUCCAUAUAUAGAGAAUGUUGACAAACAAACUUUGAGGUAUAACCCAAGGCCUGGGAAGAUGGUUAUCUAUGAUCUCCAUGGAAAUAAACACAAGCAAGAGGUCUACUGUAAUAUUCCUGAUGCUACAACAUUGUCUUUCCCAAAUGGGGCGUUAAUAAAAGUUGUAAGGGGCUGCUGGAUUUUAUAUGAGAAGCCACAUUUCCAAGGUCAGAAGUGUGUGUUAGAAGAAGGGGAAAAAGUGUUAAAUCGUGACUGGGUUCCUCAGAACAGGAAGCAUCCAGAAAGAAACUUUGUACUGGGUUCUAUCAAACGUGUCCUAAAGGAUUGCAGCAUUCCGGAGAUAGAAAUUUGCCUACAGUCUGACCAGGGGUGCUUUCCUAUCUCUAUACGGCGAGCAGUCCCCAUUUUGGAAGAGUUGAAUAUCCCCAAAUCCACAUCCUUCACUGUGAAGUCGGGAGUUUGGCUUGCCUACCCAGAUAUUAAUUUUAAGGGGCAAGCUACAAUUUUGGAGGAAGACCAGGGGCUGUUUGAGAUUUCUGCAGCAGAAAUGAAGUCCCUGUAUCCACUUCAAAUGGGUGGACUGAAGGUGGAAAUGCCUAUGAACUUAAAGGUUAUUAUUUAUGAAAAACCUCACUUCCAUGGAAAGACCAAAGAGUUUAGUGAACAUAUAUAUUCUGUUCCUACGUUUUUAAAAAAUGAUAAGGAUUUUCAUGGAAUUGGAUCAAUUCGUGUCAUUGGUGGAGUGUGGGUCGCCUAUGAAGAGGAACAUUUUAAAGGCCAGCAGUUCCUACUUGAAGAAGGAGACUUUGAAGAUAGCAGUGCUUGUGGGGCAUUAAGUGGUCCCAUCUUGUCUUUCCGGUACCUACAAGCUAAUUUCAUAGAAUCUUCUGUCACACUAUUUGAAUCUGACUUGGAAAAUGGGAAGUUUAUUGACAUUACAAAUCAGGAAAUUUCUGACUUAGAAGAAAUCGGUUUUGGCAGCGAAACAAGAUCCAUUCAUGUUAAGAGUGGAGUGUGGGUUGCCUACCACCAGAAGUUCUUCUGUGGAGAGCAGUACAUUUUAGAGAAAGGAAAAUACAAGUGCUUUUUUGAUUGGGGAGGAUCAGAUAAUAUAAUACUGUCAAUUCGACCAAUCCAAUUGGAACCACUUGGGAUAAAUGAGCCUCCGCAUUUGCUCAAAGCAUUCAGUAAACCAGGGUACCAAGGUGAAUGCAUAGAUUUUAUGGAAGAGUGUGCUGAUUUGACCUCAUUCACACCGUGCUCUUUCAAAGUUCUCCGGGGAUGCUGGCUCCUGUAUUACCAAGAAGAUAUAUUCUAUCAUCAGUGUGUGUUAGAAGAAGGCCUCUAUGUUGACCUUACUUCUUGUGGCUGCUCAACAUCUAGAGUCCGAGCACUCAAGCCCAUUGACUAUGUUUUUGAAGAACCGUCUAUCAGCCUUUUUGCCCUGGAAUAUUGUGAGGGAAGAGAGUUACAUCUUGAAGACGCUGUGAAUUCUGUUUUGAACAAGGACUUGCACUUCUAUACCCAGUCUGUGUGGGUAAAAAGUGGACUAUGGAUAGCUUAUGAAGGAUCCAAUUUCUUGGGAAGACAAAUCCUCCUUGAGCCCAAUGAGAUCCCGAACUGGACAGCAUUUAGUGGGUGGAAAACAAUUGGCUCCCUCCGUCCUAUGAAGCAGCCUGGCCUGGAACUCAGAAUAAAGAACCGAGCCCAGGAUGAGUAUCUGACAGUCACCGGCAACCUUGCUGACACACGGGCAAUGUCUGUGUGCGUAUCUCCCUACAGUGGGAAGGACACUCAGAUCUGGCACUACUGCCGAGGACUCUUUAAAUCCAAGGCCAGUGAUACAUGUCUUGAUGUGAUUGGUGGCCGGGACACACCUGGAGCCAAGGUGGCCCUGUGGACUGAACAUGGGCAAUUCAGGCAGAAGUGGAGACUGAACAAAAAUGGAACCAUCAGCUCUUAUCUCAGUGAUGAACUUGUCCUUGAUGUUAAAGGAGGAAACUAUUGUGACAAGACUCAUGUCAUUAUAAAUCAGCCCCUGGAGGGAGAAGAAACACAGAAAUGGGACAUUGAAAUCUUGUGAGAGAAUCCACACCAUCUCCAGGAAGAGCAAAGGAAUGUCCACCA